AUGGGGCGAAUGCACACGUACCUACAAGGGGUGACAAAUAUGCUCUUUUUCAUUUUGUUAUAUUAUUUUUUUUCGUUUUUUGUUUUGUUUUGUUUUUUUUUUUUCAAGAUGAGAAAAGUAUUUUACCCCUUGUUGGUUACUGUAUAUAUAUUCCUCUAUUUGUAUUCACCAGUUUAUGCAUUAUAUUUUAAGGAAUUAGAGUUAGGUAAUUAUUAUAUAUGCAACUUAGAUGACUAUCCAAAAGAACAUUGUGUAAUUGAUUAUGAUCCUAAUAAAAUAAUAAAAUUCUUAUGUCCAAUUGUACGUGAUGCUAGGGAGAAAGAAAAAAUGAUAUAUGAUUCGACAACCUGUUUUAGAUAUAAAGGAAUAAAAGAUCGAUUUAUAAUCAAUAAUAGAGAAGAACCAAUAAAUAAAACAUUACCUGGGAUAAUACUAGAAAAUCAGGUUCAAUUUGAUAGAUAUAAUUUAGGUAUAUACAUUAUGCCCAUUAUGCUAAAAGAAGAUGUAAAUAUUGUUUGCAUUUGUGAUACAAAGAGAGAAAAUGAAGGUAUAACUCCAUAUAUUAAAAUAAAUAUAAAAAAAUCGAAUAGCAUUACAAAUGGAGAUUCUACGGAAGGAUAUGUGAAGGGAUGUGAUUUUGGUAAUAACCAAGGGGAAUAUCAAUUUUUAACAAAAUCAUUAUCAUAUAAAGAGAAUUUUAUUUGUGAAAUUGAAGCAAAUCCUGGAGAUAUACUUGGAAUUAAUUGUAUAAAUUAUAAUGAUAAUCAUCAAGAAAAAGACGUAAAAUUAGAACCAUCCAACUGCUUUUCUACUGUAUUUUUUUCUAUGUAUACAUUGAGUAAUAUAAAAACCAAUAUAAAUAAUAUAUUCCCCGAGGCACAAUAUUAUCCUGAGUUUUCCGCAUACCCCAAGGAUCCUAAUUUUUACAAAUUUUCAACUACGUCUUAUUUGUGGAUACCUAAUUAUGUACCUCACGAAUUUUAUUUUUUUUGCUCAUGUAAAUAUGCACAGAUUAAUGCUACUGCAUUGUAUCGUGUGAAGAGUAGUAUUCCAGAUGAAUCAGUUGAAUGA